AUGGAUAACCCGAAUAUCUUUACGCAGACGUACCUUUUCCCUUUUGCGGAGUGGGUCAAGAACUUUCGGAAAUCUGGAAAGCAGGAGACUUUGAGGCUCAUGGCUUCGGAAGAUACCCCUGUCGGUAUCGUUGAUAGAAAUGAGGCUGGAAUCUUCGCAGCCUUUCUCCUCGCCCAGGAUGACAUUACACCCUAUCACAACGCGAAUUACAAUUUGAAUGCAACAGAGGAUAUCGAUUUGUCAUUCGCUGACCGUCUGGCAGCCGAGACUUCGGGAUCAAGGACCGUUAUCCUGUCGAUCAAGCGUGCUUUGAAAACGGCCUUAGAAGGGAAGUGCAUGGCUUCUACGACGAGUGGAGAAGUCGUUCGACUUUGUACACCGAAACGUGCGCCUGCCGAAAUGUUUGGGACAAUGUUGGAGAAACAGGAAUACGCCUCUCGUUCCAAGGCGCGAACGGUGCAGUUGUGAACCAGGAAGCUAGACGCGUCUAUCAGUGCCAUUAUUCUAGUUUAUUUCGCUUUCGAAUGUAUAAGACAAUGCUUAAACAAAGCGACUACGG